AUGGAUUGCGUUCUAAUAAAAGGAUCAGCUUCUCUAAGGACCGACUUACCGGACUUCGAGUUUGAAUUCAUCCAAGGGGCCAUUCCUCAUACUGAAGCUUACAUUGAACUUGGCAAUUGGUCUCUUUUCACGACCUCUUUUUCACAGUUGCCAUUAUACAAUUAUUUUAACCCUCUAUCGCCGCAGUCGAUUUUGCGGACCGAAGAGGAGGUCGUCAAGCUAAUUCAGCAUGAAGGCCCUUUUGAUGGUGCUAUUGGGUAUUCGGUUGGCGCUGGGCUCAUAGCGCAGCUCAUGAUCCGAGAUUUUCGAGAAAACCCCUGGAAACUUCCACACGAACGAAUUUUUCGCUGGGCGGCCUUUAUCAACAGGGCCACGCCGCAGGAAAUAUUCCGCCUUUCAGAUAUGGAGGCGAGAGUGGGCAUCGUAGACGACUCCGCUCCCGAGAGAGAGUUGAAGGGGAUCUUCCUUCGGCCAUCAAAUAUCCGAGUGCGAAAAGAGAACGAAAGACACCCUGGUUAUGAUCCCGAAGAGCUUCGGCGGAACAUAAUGGCCCUGGAGACGACACAACUUGCCGAUGGCAUACUCUUCAUGACUGACGGGCGCAUGGGAGGUGCACGAUACGAGGCAGCCGUUCAAGGACGUUUAAUCGAUAUUCCAACACUGCACGUAUGAUGCCCGACGGUUGACA